AUGGGAAAGAUCAUAUUCUAUGAGGACAGAAACUUCCAUGGCCGUAACCAUGAGAGCAGUGGGGACUGCCCUGAUGUGACCUCAUACCUGAGCCGCUGCAGCUCCUGUAGGGUGGAAAGGGGCUGCUUCAUGGUCUAUGAACACUCCGACUUUAUGGGUCACCAGAUUUUGGUGAGAAGAGGAGAUUAUCCUGAUAACCAGAGGCUCAUGGGUAUGAGCAUGAGCGACUGCAUUAGAUCUUGCAGAAUGAUCCCUAUGCAUAAAGGAACGUUUAGAAUGAGAAUCUUUGAAAGGGAGAACUUUGUCGGACAAAAGUAUGAGCUGAUGGAUGACUGCGAGUCAAUCCAGGAACGCUUUCACAUGUCUGACUGCCAGUCCUGCAAUGUCACACAUGGCCACUGGCUGCUGUAUGAACGGCCCAAUUUUGAAGGCAGAAUGAUAUACAUCAGGCCAGGGGAGUACAGCAGCUUUAAUAAUAUGGGUCUAGGCACAGUGAAAAUUGGUUCCAUCAGACGCAUCAUGGAGUCCUGUUAA